AUGCUUUCGUACAGGGAGUUUAGCGCGCUCGAGUUCUUGGACCCGAACUUGGUGAACCUCGACGAGAAGACUGUUUCUUUUUCGAUGGACUUUUACUUCAGGUAUUUGAUGGGUCACUCAAGAUACUGUGUUUCUGCACUCUCUGAGGGAGCAGUUGCAGGAUACAUUAUAGGAAACUCUGGGAAAUACAGGGAAACAGAGACUCUGUACUCGCACGUUACAGCACUGAGUGUAGCACCUGCGUGGAGGAGAUUCGGGGUGGGGAGAAGACUCCUUCAGCUCUACAGAAUGAAUGCGGAGAUGGACUGCUCUGAGUUUACAGACUUAUUCGUCCGGGCUUCCAACGAGGCUGCAAUACACUUCUACGAGAAGCAGGGAUACAUAAAGCACGAGCGCAUAGAAGAGUACUAUGCAGAGCCAGUAGAAGACGCGUACGAUAUGCGGCUGUACAAAAGUGCUCUGGAAGGCCUGAAUAAAUAG